AUGUUAAAUCGAAGAACCUACUUAGCGCUGGAUCCGUCCCAAGAGACGGUGUCGCAGCAGCAUAUGGAGCAAGAGUUUGGCCUACGAGCCAACAACAACCAACGGCCGCGAGCUAGGACUGUUAGCACGGCAGUAAACCCGCAAUCUCCCCGUCGGCCCGGGACUCUCAAGACAGGCAAGCAGCGGUCGCGUUCAGAGACCAAUUUUGACGAGGUGGGCGUGUUGGACGCGCUGACGUUUUUGGAGCCUGUUCCGGUGCUGCCGCCCUCGUAUUCGUCGCUGGCCCCAGGAAAACCGAAGCCGAUCUACCCUAACCUCAAUGAGGGGAGAGAACAGUUACCGGGAUACAUCCCCACCGUUUACAAAGUGAGUGCUUUGUCGCGCAAGUUGGAGUGGAUCUCGCCGUACGAGCUUGCCCCACAACGGCAGUGGAAACCCGUUGUGGUGGAACUCAACUCCACACAGCUCAAUUUUUACAACAGAGACGUGGUUCCGCGUCCGAACGGAGAUUGGUCUUCGGGAGACGCCACGCUUUAUAAAUCCAGGCUCUCCACCGCACAAGAUCUGAGAGACCGCGACCAUUUCGGCCACAUCGGCCUUCUAAACCCAGCCAACUUGGCCAGAUCGUACUCGUUGCAGUACGCCAAGGUUGGCAUUGCCAUUGAUUACAAGAAGAAAAAGCAUAUUCUACGAGUUCGGGCCGAAACAGAGCAGUUUCUGCUUGAAUUCCCCACCGUCGAGUCCAUGAUCGAGUGGUACUGCUGCUUGAAUCUCGGAAUCGACAACUCUUUGGAUCUCAACAGAAGAGAAAUGCCAAAGUAUCGUACCGUGCCACGUCGUCGCAGACGUUACAGAGGCCGCGGCAGUGACUCGUUGUUGAUGUAUGGCUACAGAUCCAGACCCACCAUGGAACGGUUCCGCAGACGAACCAGCUCCAUUGAUUUGACGUCGCUGGUUUCCAAGUGGAAACGCAGGUUUUCCGGUUCUAGCAAGAAACAGGACCCGCACACAGACUCGAGUCUUGCCACGCCUUCGUCCACCGACCCAGAAGAGCUCUCGCUGGACCCGCUGGAUCUUGGCUCGUCCACAGUGGAAAGCCCCGACGAAGAGCCCGACGACGACGAUAACAGUCUCCAGGACGACGCAGACGCCAUCUCCAACGAGUACGAGUUCCCUACACGUCGGCGGAGCGGGUCGGCCACCACUUUGGUGUCGAACUCGUCCGACUCGGUGGCCGAGCUACCAGAGCCUGCUCCCGUGGUGUCGACACCGUCGUCGCUGUCGAACGGUUCUAGCGGCUCGAAUGGGUUCAGCAGCUCGCCAACCCUGCAGCAGCAUGCCACGCCGUCAACGUCGCUGUCGGGAGCCAGCAUCGACGCCCAGAUCGAGCGUGCUCCCGAUUUCGAGUACAAAUGGAGCCCGAUCGACUACACGCUGCCGUCGCGGCGCAAGAUUCUGCGCGACUCGAUCCGGUGCAUGACCACGUUGUCUGCGAACGAGCGGUGGCUCGGACGGUUCAUUGUGCGCGACGCUGCGCCGAUGGAGGUGGCAUACAAAACCGGCGGGUCGAACUUCUACUCAGCAAGCUAUAUCAUUCCGCACCAGCAAGUGGCGAACUACUUUUCGGGCACGCCGGGCACGUUUGGCGGCUCUUCCAAGCCCAAACCUCUGUGUCGCACGCUGCAGGAGUACGUUGUCAGUCCUUGCGGACUCAUACCGCGCAUUAAUGAAGGCCCCCACCCAUAA